UUCAAGUUUCACUCCAAAAUUAAAAUAACUGUUUUCUCCGGCGACGGUGACUGCUCAGACCACCGCGCAACAUAAGGGUAAAAGCAUAACUUUCUACAGCUGCUGACAUCGGCAAAAGAAUAUAACUUUAAUUUUGGAAACGGGCCCUAUUUUCAUUUGAGCCCAAAAUUUUGGGUGAAACAAUCAAAUUUCCCGCGCAAUAAACCCAAAACAACGCGACGCGCGCGAGCGGCAGGAUUUCUCCUUUUUCGACAAGAUUCUCCUUCGGAGACGACGAACCAUCCCGCGACGACGGGUUUCCUCCAGCGUUUUGUGGCUCACGCGUCGUUUACUGUGAUUAUCUUUCUUCCGGCGGGGACCCACGGCGGCACGAGUACCCGACGAAUGUGCAGCAACGAUUGACGGCGUUCCAGUAGUUCGCAGCAGCGUUUCUCUCUCCUUUUUGUCGAACUCCGGCAUUGACCCACACUUCGUUUGGCCUCAAAUCGAAGUACCCACAGUACAUAAGGUUCCGAUCUGCAAAGUUUGGACACUCCAACCAACAAAGAUUGGAGCCGCUUGUGAUCUCUUGCAGAGGUAUUGAACAUUGGAGUAACGUGUUGAAUGCCCUCAGAAAUGACGAGUUAUUAUGAUCUUGAUGACAUUCUGGCAGAGGAAGAGCUUGUCUCAGUUGUGUUCCAAAAGGCAGUUAAUGGAGUUGGAAUUGAUCCCAGUUCUGAAACAGAUUCUGUUGAAUCUGGAUCCAAAGUAGAGCUACCCUUCUGGCUUGCACAAGAGCUGCAUCUUAGACAAGUGGCGGUUAUGGCCUUGCCUUCCUGUUUUAACCAAAGAACACGACUGGAAAUUCAGGCUGAUGCUGCAUUUGUGGAUCUACGAUCUAGAUGCCCAUUCUUCUAUGAAUUUGGAUGCAAGAUUGCACCUCUGGUUGGGGAUAGAACAAUUGGUUCAUGGCUUUUAUCGACGUUCAAGAGUAGGUACAAGGAAGUUCUUACCAAGGCUCACACUGCAGUAUUUGCUGCAAGUUCUAAAUAUUUGACACUUCUGUCAAAUGAAGAAACCAAAAUGUAUGAAGCAGCUCAAUCCUCUAUGACAGCCUUCAAGAAAUGGAGAAUGGGUGGGCCUAGAUUCCAGAAAGCAUCCUUUCUAAGCAGGAAGAGGAAGUCAUCUGAGUAGGCAUUAAUUUGAUCUUAAAUUUAUUUAUUCUAUAUCAAAUAUCUUACAAGUCUGCAUGCCCCUUCCUGGAAAAGUAGUUAUUUAUUCAUAAUUUGCUUAUAAAUCCUUCACGAUUGUAAUUUCAAUGCUUAGUUUUUUUUAAUCAA